UCUCUUCCUCUCUCAUCGAAUCUAAUCAGCAGACAGUGAAAGACUCAGACUCGAGUCAUCCUCAUGCCUACAUUCCUACUCUGUAAUCCUCCCACACACUCACACUCACACUCACACUCACACUCACACGCACACAGCUGCCAUUGCAUCUGCGAAUGCAGUCAAUCCCUUUUCUCAUCCAAUGACAAUCCGACCCGAUUCCCGAGCUCGGAUCCGAACCCGCGCCGCCGCACGAGCCACCCGACGCCUCUCCCCCUGCUACCGCCACCCCGACGAUCCAAUCACCGGCGGAAUCUGCGCAUCCUGCCUCCGUGAGCGCCUCUCCGGCCUCGACGCCGCCGCCACUGUCCCCAUCUCCAGCUCGCCGGAGCUCCGCCGCAGCAGGUCAGUGGUUUCUACUUCCAGAUGCGAAGCCUCCUCCGGCGGCCUUAGCGAGCGGAGGCGCAAUUCGUGCGAUGUGCUUUCCUCUGGGGGCUCGCUGGCUAAUCUGUUCGAUGUGGACGAUCUGAAGAGCGGAUCGGAGAGUGAGACGAAGGUUGAAUCGAAGAAUGUAGGGCUAUCAAGGGUCACUUACACUGUGAUCGAGCUGGAGAAGAAGAAUCGGGACCGGAUUAGGGCUUCUGAUGAUGGAUUUGGGGGUUUGAAUGCCGGUUGUGCUGAUAGUGAUGAGGAUGGUGAAGAAGGGGAAUUUAAGUCGAUGAAAGAGUAUAUAGAUCUCGAAUUUGGGAAUAAGAGUAAGAAAAGUAAGGAUUUGAGAGAUAUUGCAGGGAAUAUCUUUGGAGCAGCAUCGGUUUUCAGUAAGAAACUACGGAAGUGGAGGCAAAGGAAUAGCAAGGUAAAGGAGGAUAAAAACAAUGGUGUUGUUGCUGGCAAUGAUGGGGAGAGUAAGCAGUUUGGUGAUGCGCGAAAAUUGGGGGAAAAUCACAGUGAGAUUGUGGGGAGAAGAUCGUGUGACAUAGAGCCGAGGUUUUCAGUUGAUGGUGGUCGGAUUUCGUUUGAGGAGCCGAGAGCUUCGUGGGAUGGGUAUAUGAUAGCAAGAACAAUCCCGAGGCUCGCUCCAAUGUUCUCUGUUGUUGAGAAUGGAAUCUUGGGGAAUGCUGGCAGGUUUGAGAAUCACAGAUUGUCAGUUGAUGGGCCGAUGCAUUCGAUUAUAGAGGACGAGAGUAGCUCUGGAGCUUCGGGUUCUGGCCACUCGAAUUCAGAUUCCUCAAGGCUCAGUAGCUUUGAUCGGUCUAGCUCUGUUAGGAGCUUCGGAAAGAAAGGGAUACGUUCGGAGGAUCAUGGGGUUUCGUCCCCUGCAAACGUGAAGUUGGUGAUCACGGAGAAGGAGUUGAAAGAUUGGCAUUUGAGUUCGGGUAGAGAUGAUGAGCUAGAAAAGCUUGGAUCUGUAUCAAGAAGUGGUGGUGGUGAAGGUUCUGGUAACAUGAAUGUGUCAGCGAAGAAAUCCGUUAGGUGGCGUAAAGUUUGCACUGUGCUAGGCUUCAGAAACAGGAAUCGCGAGAAUGUGGGCGAGACCUUAAGCGAAGAUGCCGCAGACCCUUCCUCGGAUGCUGCUCGUGAGAAGCAAGCAGAGGAGGCUAGUGAGCUUCUUAGAGAUGUUGGUGAUUGGAAGCUCGCACGAAGCAGUAGUGUUGCAACUUCGAGAAAGUCAUGUGAUGCCCCCGGAUCAUAUUAUGCAAGGAGGAGGAGUGUCGACAAUGCAGUUGGAUUCACUCUCAGUGAGAAGGGGGAUUUCAAGCUGGAAAGAAACAGGAGCACGAAGUUCCCGUCUGUUGAUCUUGACAACGGUGUUACACCAUUCUACAUGACACCAUUGCGGAGCAUGAGGAAUAGCAAGUCUGGGACGUUCAAAUUCCAGAACUCACACUCCAUUGCUGGGAAUCUCUUGCGAUUGAACUGACUUGAGGUAGCCAAAUUAUUCUCAGCAUCGCUAUUAAUUCGUGAGUUUUACAUUCCGUUUGUGCACCGAAGUAUGUAAUACUGUCAAACUGUUUGCAGUGCUCUUUUAUUAACACGAAAGUAUAAGUUUCUUCGUUUCUUGCCUGGUU